AUGGCAUAUGAUUCACUGACAUUCGCAUUUCGUAAAGGUGAAAUUGACUUUGAUGAUGAUACGGUACUAUUAAAAUGUUUUGAUGAAUAUAACGAAUUGGUAGUUGAGAAUGUACCACCAAGUCGCCUUCUAAUACAUAAACUUGGAGAUGGUUGGAAUCCCUUGUGUAAGUUUUUGAAUGUGAAUGUACCUCGUUGUAUACCAUAUCCUCAUGUCAGUGAUCGGAACGAAACACAGAAGCGUGCUGAUGUGCUCAAAACGAUUGGUAUCCUCUGA